AUGUCGAAAAGCGCAGUGAUAACGAAUAUCACUAUCACGCCGGUGGCAUUCCAUGACAUGCCCCUGCUGAACAGCGUCGGCGUUCACGAGCCAUUUGCACUACGUAGCAUUAUCGAAGUCAUCACAGACGCUGGUGUCUAUGGUCUGGGAGAGUCUUACGGCGACGACACACAUCUCGAGCGUCUGGGCCGUGCAGCGAAGAACAUCAAAGCGCUGAAGCCCUCGGUCUAUGAUCUCAACGCAAUCUAUAGCGCAUGCGCUGGGUCUCUCAAGGGCGACAGCACGCAUGGCGGUGAUGGCAUGGCCGGCAUGGUGACCACAGCCUCCACUGAAGACAAGAUCUUUAGUCCGUUCGAGGUGGCAUGUCUCGAUAUUCAGGGAAAGCUGGCGGGUGUUCCCGUAAGCGAUUUGCUUGGCGGCCGUGUGCGGGACUCUGUCGCUUACUCGGCAUAUCUAUUCUAUAAGUGGGCCGGCCACCCCGGCGAGCCGGACGAUGAGUACGGGGCAGCACUUGACCCGGAAGGCCUAGUCAAGCAGGCAAAGAAAAUUAUAGAUGAGUAUGGCUUCACAGCAAUAAAGCUCAAAGGCGGUGUUUUCGAGCCCGCGCAGGAGGUUGCUGCCAUCAAGGCGCUACAUGCCGCGUUUCCUGGAAUCCCAUUACGCCUAGACCCCAACGCCGCGUGGACUGUUGAAACGUCCAAAUGGGUGGCGAAGGAGCUCGCCGGUAUCGUCGAGUACCUCGAGGACCCGGCAGGAGGCAUCGACGGGAUGGCAGCGGUGGCCAACAGCACAGAGGCAAGCAUGCCGCUGGCGACAAACAUGGCUGUGGUCGCCUUCAACCAGCUACCUUCAUCCAUCGCGCAGAACGCGGUGCAGGUGGUUCUCUCGGACCACCAUUUCUGGGGCGGACUACGCAAGUCUCAACUGCUGGCGGGUAUUUGCCAUACGUGGGGAAUGCGACUCAGCAUGCAUUCCAACAGCCAUCUGGGCAUCUCCCUCGCAGCCAUGACACACCUGGCUGGCGCUACUCGUAAUUUGGACUACGCGUGCGACACGCACUGGCCGUGGAAGCGGCGGGAAGAGGAUGUCAUUGCGGACGGUGCCUUGCGAUGGGUACCAGGCGGUGCGGUGGAGGUGCCAACGAAGCCCGGAUUGGGUAUUGAGCUUGACAGGGGAAAACUUGCAAAGCUCCAUGAGCAGUAUCUCACCUGUGGACUAAGGAAGCGGGAUGAUACGACGUAUAUGCAGAAGUUUCAGCCAGAGUUCUCAGCCACGAUUCCGAAGUGGUGA